AUGGGGACUGUCCGAAACAUUGCAGUAGCAGUUCUGCUUAUAUCUUUCUUCACAUUCGUUGCUUUUUUUGGGCGGCUACCUGCAUUGAGGAAUACACCGAUUGGGUGGUUACACCGUGUCUUAUGGAUUCGAAUCCCCCAAGGCUUCAGAAGUCUUGACCAGAUUCUGACCAAUGGCCGUCUCAGCACCUCUGUGUCGAGGAUCGCUCAUACGCUGUGGGAUGAUCGGCAUCCCACUGUCAUGAUAUUCUUCCUUCUCCUGCUCGCAGUCUCAGAGGUUCUAAUAAUCCCUCCAAUAUGGUCGCUGCUCACCCCCCAGCGCAAAUUUACCUCCGUGACGCUCCUUUCCCUACCAUACCUAUUCCUCUACCUCUCAGCCAAUGGUGACCCUGGCUACAUCACCCCGGAAGAUCAUUCCCAUCAAAUGACGCUAUAUCCCUACGAUUUCACCAUCUUCUAUCCAGGUCAGAAAUGCAAGACCUGCAAACUCCUAAAACCCGCCCGCUCUAAACAUUGCAGUAUAUGCAAGCACUGCAUAUCCAAGAUGGACCACCACUGCAUCUUCAUCAACAACUGCGUCGGCUACGGAAACCAACAUUGGUUCCUCCUGCUCCUCCUGACUACCGCAAUCAUCAUUACUUACGCCGCCUACGUGGGUCUCGACGUGCUAUCCGCCGAAAUUUUGAACCACAUCUCGAGUUGGACCCUAUCAGGCAAAGGCUUUACGUGGUCCCAAUACUUCAAUAUUUGGGGCUGGGCCAUGCAAGAAUACACACGCAUCAGCGGUGUCACUCUCCUCUGCAUCCUAACCGCUCCACUGGUGUGGGGUUUACUAGGCUAUCAUUUGUACUUGAUAUGGGCGGGCACCACUACCAACGAGAGUAUGAAAUGGUCAGACUGGCAAGCCGAGAUGACUAGUGGAUUUGCAUUCAAGCGGACCCUAGACACCGACCGACAAAAAGAUGCACGUAUCGAACCCGCUUGGACACGUUGGCCCGUCGAAUCCGCGCAGGUUGUUGUACAGACUGAGGACGGGCUUCCUCCUACAGAGCCGGGUGAUAUUGGUACGGGGCAUUGGGAACGGGUGUGGCGACUGGCGGAUGUUGAGAAUUUGUACGACCUGGGUUUUUGGAACAAUUUGAAGGAUGUAUUCUGGCCGAAGUAUGGGUUCACGCAUCGUGUGGAGAAAAAGGCGCAGGAAGCGAGGACUAUGCCAUCAUCUUCUUUCAUGAAUGCGCCCAGUUCUCCGGCGAAAAGGUAG